AUGACACGAACUGUCCCACCUGAAUCCAGAGGACUUGUUUCCUGCGUGCUUCUAACUGACGGCGAUGACACCUUGAUCUCGUGUCAUAAGCUCUUAUAUCAGCCUAUGGGAGAAUUGUGCCUGGCAUGCGGCACAGACUCAUCGAUGCUAUCAUUUUACAUGUCAACUCCACUUACUGUAAGAAUGAAACCAUGUAGCCGACGACCGAAGACAAUCCGAAUACGCAAGGAGAGAUCUGUUUUUUGCUUCUUGACGUGA